UCACCGAACGACAUCGUUCAAUAGAACCAAAAGAUUCCCAUUUUCUGCAUAAACAGAUAGAGAGGCAUCUAUUCCUCUGCAACUCGGCGGUUAAAUACACGCUAUCUUUCUCUCUCUACAACGACGACGAAGAAGAAGAAGAAGACGAGAGAGAGAGAGGAGGAGAAAGAGGGACCGCCAUCGAAUUUCUUCCCCCGCUGCCGCAUCUCUCUUGAACAGGGCCAUACAGAAUGGAUUUCUAGCUUCAGUUUUACUACUAAUGAUGGACCACAAUCACUUGACAAUAAAGACCUUUAUGGCCAUCACGGCUGAGAGGGAUGCCGCCAUCCGAGAAAGGAACAUGGCAUUGGAGGAGAGAAAGAGGGCCUUCGCAGAGCGAGACAUGGCAAUGCUGCAGCGGGAUGCAGCAAUUGCCGAGCGUAAUGCUGCCAUACAAGAUCGAGAUGAGGCAAUUGCUGCCUUGCAAUUUCGGGAGAGCUCAAUGAAUGAUAACACUGUCCCCGAUUCACUUGGAAACGACAUUACAAGUGGAUCGAAACACAUUCACUACCAACAGCAGAUGCACAUGGCUGAUGCUGCAUAUAUUUCUAGAGGAAGUACAAGAAGUAAUGAUUUUAAUGUUACAGAAACUGCUGCUGAAACUGCCAAGCGUAGGAAAAUGAGGCAACCAAAAGAUGGCAAACUAGCAAAAUCAGCAAAGCCUCCAAGGGUGGGUAAAAGAGGGGCCGAAAGUUUUAGUAAGCAAGUAAACUCGGAUGCAUCUAACAGUUGGAGUAAUGGGCAUGAUUUUGAUUGUGAUGAGGAUGAUCUUGACAAACAGGUUUCGUGGAAGGACAACUUGGGUUUGAACCAAAUUAACUUUGACGAGUCUGCCAUGCCAGUGCCAGUUUGCACUUGCACUGGUUCACCCCAGCCAUGCUAUAGGUGGGGGAAUGGUGGAUGGCAAUCUGCCUGCUGCACAACAACAAUUUCAAUGUAUCCAUUACCUCAGGUGGCAAAUAAACGCUACACCAGAGUUGGUGGUAGAAAGAUGAGUGGAAGUGCUUUUGGUAAGCUGCUUAAUCGACUUGCUGCAGAUGGCUAUGAUUUUUCCACUCCACUCGAUCUUAAAGAUCACUGGGCUAAGCAUGGGACGAAUCGUUACAGCACCCUAAAAUAAGCUGCUACUUAUGAGCAUCUUGGAUUGGAGGGUGGAUGGUAUUAUGCUGCCAAGUUUGUAGGGGAAAUAUACUGCAUAUUUGAACAAAUUCUGGAGUCAGAUUAUGCUCCAUCUUAGUUUCACUUUAAGAUGUGUAGGCAUUUUAAUUUUUUUUCUUCAUAAGCUGCAUAUGAUGUUACACUGCUCUGAUUAUAUUCUAAUUUUGUGUAUAGAUGGUGUUAAGGAAUGUCAUAAAACUAAAAAAUUGGAUC